UCAUUGACGUCAAAUUGAAGCGCCACAAACGGGCUUACUGAAACCAAACGAUAAACACGGACAUCCUUUGUUGCAUUAUUUCAAAUAAAGAGCGAAAUGCCCAAAGUAAAACGGAGUCGGAAGCCGCCCCCAGAUGGCUGGGAGCUGAUCGAGCCCACUUUGGACGAGCUGGAUCAGAAAAUGAGAGAAGCUGAAACUGAUCCUCAUGAGGGAAAACGAAAGGUUGAGUCCCUGUGGCCAAUUUUCCGGCUCCAUCAUCAGCGUAGUCGAUACAUCUUUGACCUCUUCUACAAAAGGAAAGCCAUCAGCAGAGAGCUCUAUGAGUACUGUAUAAAAGAAGGCUAUGCAGACAAAAACCUCAUAGCUAAGUGGAAGAAACAGGGCUACGAGAACCUGUGCUGCCUGCGGUGCAUCCAGACACGGGACACCAACUUUGGAACCAACUGCAUCUGCAGAGUCCCCAAGAGCAAGCUGGAAGUGGGAAGGAUCAUUGAAUGCACCCACUGUGGAUGCAGAGGUUGUUCUGGAUGAACAGCAGUUUCUGGGCAUUGGUCUAUUUUCUGUUGGACAUCAGGGAUCAUAUUACCUCCAUCUGGGCACAACCACAACCCUGAAGUCUUAUUUCAGUCACUGGAGGGGCCACAAUGUCUUGACAUUCAUUAACCUUUUUUUAUUUUUCCUUUUUACCUAACUAAACCAUCAUAAUUAAACGCUUGAGCUAGUGAGCUGAGGUUAGAUGAUUCAAGUCCCCAGAGAGAGUUUUUGUUUCCAAAUCCAUUGUUUUAAACAUGAAAGUUUUUUUUGCCAUUCUUGUUAUUGAAGUAUAAUUUUAAAUAAAACAAAUCUGGUUGAUUUUAAA